AUGUUCCCCAAAUGUGGGAGCAUAAACAAGGCAGAAGAAGUGUUUGAGAGGGUGUCAGAUAAAGACUUGGCUGUUUGGGGUACUAUGAUAAAUGGCUAUGCCAUUCAUGGGAUGGGAGAUGAGGCUUCCAGUCUCUUUCAUAAGAUGCAACAAGCAGAAGGUAUAAAGCCAAAUGUUGUGGUUUACACAAGCUUAUUAUCGUUGUGCAGCCAUUCCGGAUUGGUAGAAGAUGGAUUAAGGUAUUUUCGAAGUAUGCAGAAUGAGUAUGGAAUAGAACCCAGCAUACAGCAUUAUGUAUGCUUGGUAGAUCUUCUUGGCACAGCUGGUCAGUUUGAUUUGGCUUUGAAAACAAUCCAAGAGAUGCCUGUCCAAGUACAAGCUCAAGUAUGGGCUCCAUUACUUAGUGCAUGCAGGAAACAUAGCAACAUUGAGCUGGGAAAACUUGCAGCUAGAAAACUCACUGAAAUUUUUCUGUUUGAUAGGAUUCCAAAGAUGGCUCCUAGUACAAGAAGGACCUUAGCUAGACGUGCAAAGGUUGUUUGA